AUGACAGACCGAGAUCACCGAUCAGGGGAGCACCGGGUGGUCAGAGGUUUAGGCCCAAUCGUAUCCCAUGGGGUGGUCAACGGCGUGCAUACAACAGGUACCGUACUAUCUCUGAUCGUGCGAUUCCUGUUCGCACUACUGGUGCUCGGGUACGGCCUAUGGGUCUACACCCAAGUGCGUCACACGAGACGCCUUAUACCCCGCGACCGCACCCGCACUCAGACCAACAGACUGGCCAUCUAUUACGGCAUAUAUGUCCUUCUGGUCGUCAUAUAUGGCUCAUUCUGCACCGUCGCACUCCUCCACCAUUUGGACGGCGACGGCAACAGUAGCCGCGAGGGUUCCGUAGAUAUGUGUUUAGGUGUCGACUAUUUGGUACUUUUUUGGUGCCUUAUAUUAGUGUCAUUGCAAUUCACUGUGGGGUCGGUCGACGCCUAUGACAAAAGUAUAAACCUAACGGUGUCUACGGGGGAGACCACGCAAUUGAAAUGUCCAAUCAGUGCCGAUGAUGUCGACACUAAUUUGGUGACAUGGAUUAGGAAAAGGGACGGACAUAUACUGAGCAUUGAACGUAUCAAAUACACGACUGACCCCAGAUUUACACCACUUUUCGAUGGCAAUCAUUGGGUUCUUAGGAUCAAAAAU